AUGCUCCGCAAGUACCUGCCGUCCGUUCCUCCGCUACUCUUUGCCCUCGUCUUCGUGAACGUCCUCUCCUCCAAAUCACUACAUCUCUUACAACAUGUCCAGUCACUUCCGGUACUAUACUUGGUGCUCUAUUCACCAACCCUGAUCCUCUGGGAUCUGUUUGUUAUCUUCGUCUCUCGCGUGCUGCUGGUCUGGCCCGAGACUCGACUACGAUGGAUUCCAUUUCUCUUUGGCGGCUUUAUUGCACUCCUCACGUGGUUUGCAGCAGCCGUCCAAUUCGGCUUCUUCUUCGAAACCGGUGCCGAGGUGGAGUGGUCCGCGACCGAUAGCUUUGUCCGGGAUCCCGCGGCCAUGAAGAUUCUCAUGAGUGGUAUUUCCAGCGUCACUGCCGCCGGUACCGUCCUCUUCCUUGCGUCGUUUGUUUUGAGCGGCCGAUUGUACUCAAUCACCGGCCGCUGGUUCGAUUCACUGCGGGACCGGUGCUGGCAGGGCGUGAGAGAACCAAAGACCCUGCUUCCAUUUGCUAAAUCUCCAGCCGGUCGACGAUGCGCGUUCCAAUACCUCCUGCCUCUCACGGCUCUCAGUGUCUCGUUGAUAUUCCUCGAAGCAACUCGUCCCUCCAUUCCGUAUGAUCACCUCGCGCGAGCUCUGCCGUUGACCAUGUUGGAUGCUUUUCACAGACCUGUGCAGUUCAUGGAAGGCUGCCGUCCGCCACCCCUUCCCUUUCCUCUGCCACCACACAGGAAAGGAGGACCACCACCACCACCUCAUCAUCAUCACCGUCCCUUUGACUGGGCGUUUGGGAAAGGACCUCCUCCGUUUCCUCCGCCGCCUCCGCCUCCACCACCGUUGGGUGAUUUUGGUGUCCAGCCUUCGUGGUUACCAGAGGAUCCUCCGCCGGGUUUCAGCCGUUGGCAACCAGCACGGAUGCGCGAGGAGGAACAUGGCGACCAGCCACUUAAGUGCCCCAGUGGACCUUUCCAAUACUACAACCCCAGAUCCGACCCUCUGAAGAUUUCCAACUUUGACGAUGACAUCAUGGAACCCUUGCAACAGGUCUUCAGGGACAACCCAGUCGAAAUCAACCACGUGGUUCUAUUGACCCUGGAGAGUGGUCGAAAGGAAGUCUUCCCUAUGCAGUCCGGAACACCCAUGUACGAUUACCUCGUGGAAUCACAUGAGGAGAAGGAACGGAAAGAUGCAAUCGAUAAGCUCUCAAAGAUGACUCCGGUCGCGCAGAUGCUCACAGGUGAAUACGCGUUGAACAGCGAAGGGAAAGUCAACGACUUUAGCAACCACAAGUGGCAUGAUAGGUCAGAACCGGGCAUGGGUGGUCUCAACGUCAAGGGUGGGUUGACUGCGAGUUCGUUGACUCUGAAGAGUAUCUUGGGUAGUCACUGCGGUGUGAGCCCGCUUCCGGUCGAUUUAUUGGAAGAAAUCAACCUAGAGUUCUACCAACCCUGUCUUCCGCAAAUCUUUGAGCUCUUCAACCGACACAAGUCAAACGAGUCCGAAUCAAAGGAUGGCGGAUUCCAGGGAGACCAAUGGAAGUCUGUUUAUGUGCAGUCUAGCACGGUUUCAUACGAUAGACAGGACAAGUUGAACGAGGCCAUGGGCUUCAACUAUUCGAUUUCCAGGGAGUCCUUAAGAGAUCCUGAUUCAAAGCAUUGGCCACCGGCGACAAGCGAAAUCAAUUACUUUGGAUAUGCGGAAUCCGAAACCAGGCCGUAUCUCCGGGAUUUGAUCUUCGACGCUGCUGAGAACAACACUCGUCUGUUCCUGUCGCACCUGACUAGUUCAACUCAUCAUCCAUGGCGCACGCCGAAAUCCUUCCACACCGAACAGUACACUGGAGACCAAGGCAACGUUGAUCAUGACUCGAUGAACGACUAUUUGAAUACCGUUCGUUAUGUGGAUGACUGGUUGGGUGAGAUUCUGGGUCUGUUGGAUGAAGCUGGAAUCGCAAAUUCCACCCUGGUGGUGAUUAUUGGUGAUCACGGACAAGCCUUUUCGGAAGAUGCCAAGGUCACUGGUACCUUUGAAAACGGCCAUAUCAGCAAUUUCCAUGUGCCGAUUGUGUUCCGACACCCUCACCUGCCUCACGUUGACAUUUCCGCCAACGCGACAUCUCUUGCCAUUCUCCCCACGAUCUUGGAUCUCCUCGUUCAAAGCCAGUCUCUGAAUGAAAAGGAUUCCGCAAUUGCAUCGUCCCUAUUCCCUGAAUACCAAGGUCAAUCACUACUCCGGCCAUUCCAUAACGAGCGCCCCGACGACGGCCUAGCCGUAUGGAAUUUCGCUCUGAUCAACGGUGGAGGCUCUAUUCUAGCUAUCACAUCCGCAAACACACUGUAUCGUUUGAUUCUACCAUUAAAAGAAGAAUUCAACUACCGAUUCACACAUCUCGGAAAAGACCCCGGGGAGCUCAAGCCACUAGAAGGAUGGUCCAUGCCACGGUUAGUGGAUCGAGUGCGCAAGGACCAUGGUGAAGAGGCCGCAACCUGGCUUAUGGAUGCGGAGAGAGUUGGUCGCUGGUGGGUUGCUGAGCAAAAGCGAAUUUGGGAUUAUCGCGGGGAGUAA